AUGGACACUGGGUCAUUCACAGGUGAAAUGGGCGGAGUUUCCCACAAAUGGCUACAUGGCGGCCGCUCACCGUCUCGUGACCCGUCGCAUGCGGACUCGAUGAUUGGCACGCUGAACACUGACUAUAGCAGUAAGCAUGGUAUCUCGACGAUUCCAAAGGGCGACUGCGGACAAUGCGGCAAACCGAUCAUCGGACAGGUUGUGAUUGCGCUGGGAAAAAUGUGGCAUCCCGAGCACUACACCUGCUGUGAAUGUGGAUCGGAACUGGGUCACAGGAAUUUCUUUGAGAGGAAUGGGCGUGCGUACUGCGAAGAGGACUACCACAACCAGUUCAGCCCGAGGUGUGCUGGAUGUAAUGGUCCGAUCAAGGAUCGUUGCGUAACGGCACUAGGAAAGAACUUCCACCUACAAUGCUUCACUUGUUCUGAAUGUGGACGGGAAUUCGGUGACGAUGGAUUCCAUGAAAAGGAUGGCCAAACAUACUGCCGUCGUGAUUUCUUCCGACUUUUCGCACCGAAAUGCAACGGUUGCCAGAAUCCAAUCACCAGUAACUUUAUCACGGCGCUGGGCACUCAUUGGCAUCCCGAAUGUUUCGUUUGUCAGGUAUGUAAGCGUUUUAAUAAAGAAGACACUUCUGUGGAAGUAAAAAGAUUUGAAGUGAACUAA